AUGGUAGCCACUUUGAAUCCGGUCAACCACUGUCAUCAACUGCUCUCAGCUGCUAACCACAACCACGCCUGCCGCCUUGUGAUAACCGCUUCUUUCAACGAGGUUGCCAUUAACGAUGGUGAUAAGAGAUCAAAUAAGUCAACUCGCUUAGCGAAAUCGAUCUCAAACCUCUUGAAUCUGUAUAUCGAAAAGCCAUCGCUGAAGAACUUUCUCCACCGUAAUGACUGGAACGUUGUUGCUCAGGCGGAGGCGAAGCUGGAGUUGCCGACGAUGUCACCGAAGGAAGACAUUUCGAGUAUAUGGCGCGACAUCCACGGUUGUUCCGAUUGGGAAAACCUCCUUGAUCCGCUUCAUCCUUUUGUUCGUAGAGAGUUGAUUAAAUAUGGCGAGUUUUCUCAGGCGACAUACGACGCUUUUGAUUUUGAUUCGUUCUCGGAGUAUUGUGGAAGCUGUCUGUUUAAUCGCCGGAAGUUUUUCGAAAAAUUAGGGCUUACGAAACAUGGUUAUGAUGUGAGAAAAUACAUUUACGCCAUGUCGCAAUUUGAAAUCCCUAGAUGGCUUGAGAAAUCAUACGUGACUGAUACAUGGAGUAAGGAUUCCAAUUGGAUGGGUUACAUCGCUGUGAGUGAUGAUCUUGAAUCGAAGAGGAUCGGAAGAAGAGACAUCGUGGUGGCGUGGCGUGGCACUGUGCUUCCUUCCGAAUGGUAUGAAGAUAUGCAACGAGAUCUCGAGCCAUUAGGGCACGGAGAAGCGAAGGUGGAGCGAGGGUUUCUGAGUAUCUACAAAUCGAAGCGUAUGUCAACACGAUACAACAAAACCAGUGCAUCGGAGCAAGUAAUGGAAGAGAUAAAACGAUUAACGAAGUUCUACAAAUCAACCGGCGAACAAGUGAGUCUCACGAUUACCGGCCACAGCCUGGGCGGCGCGUUAGCUUUACUGAACGCGUACGACGCCGCCAUGACGUUUCCAACUCUUCCGAUAAGCGUGAUCUCCUUCGGUGCACCUAGAGUCGGAAACAUCGCAUUCAGGGAUGAACUCCACCACAGAGGCGUCAAAGCACUACGGAUCACAAUCAAACAAGAUCUAGUCCCUCGAAUGCCAGAGUUGAAGCUUGAUGCAAGAGCUUCACCUUUUCUGAAACGUGGGUCGAAUUUCAUCGGUGUUCAUCAUCCUGAGACGUAUCUACAUCUUGUUGAUGGAUUUGUGAGUAGCAAUUCGAGUUUUCGAUCGGAUGCUAAACGGGAUUUGGCACUUGUGAAUAAGUAUUGUGAUAUGCUUGUAAAUGAGCUUAGAAUUCCUGCGUAUUGGUAUCAAUUGAGCAACAAAGGGUUGGUUUCGAAUGAAUUUGGGAGAUGGAUUAGACCUAAAAGGGAAAAUGAAGACGUACCUUCACCUAUUGAAGAAGAAGAAAAUUAUGAUUUGUAG